AUGGCGGACAAGCUAGCUCUCCCUCUUCUUCUUCCAAGCACUCCUUCCUCAAAACCCUUGUUUCACGACCAACUCUCUAGAGCUCCCUUUCUUACUCCGUCACUUUCCUCACUACCACCGUCUCCUCCUCCUCCAGUAGAACCACUCCUCCACGAUGCUUUCCUUCACCAAAGCCCUAAUUCCAGACAACCCAUUACCCCACACACCCCGAGAACCCGUAAUCGAACGAGAAUCGGCAAGUCACGCGACCCUAACCUCGGUAAACCUUGGUCUUACCAUGGCCUUUCUCCACAAGGUCAGCGAAUUCUCCAUUCCUUAAUCGAACCUUCUUUCGAUUCCGGUCAACUAGACGCUCUACUCUCUCAGUUAUUCGAGCCCUAUAAAGAUAAUCCGGUGGAGUCGCCGCCUACUUCCUCGGAAUUACGAGCUCUGCUUAAAGGAUUAGGAUUUCAUAAGAAAUUUGAUAUGGCUCUGUGUGUGUUUGAUUGGUUUAUGAAGCAAAAGGAUUAUCAAUUCAUUUUGGAUAACUCUGUUGUUGCUGUAGUUAUUAGUAUGUUGGGUAAAGAAGGCAGAGUCUCUUCCGCUUCGAAUUUGUUCAAUGGUUUGAUGGAAAACGGGUUUUCGCUUGAUGUUUAUUCGUAUACCUCGCUGAUAUCGGCGUUUGCCAAUAGCGGAAGGUACAGAGAUGCUGUUAUGGUGUUUAAGAAGAUGGAGGAAGAAGGUUAUAAACCGACUUUGAUUACAUAUAAUGUUGUCUUGAAUGUGUUUGGGAAAAUGGGUACUCCUUGGAAUAAGAUUAUGUCUCUUGUGGAGAAGAUGAAGAGUGACGGGAUUGCUCCUGAUGCGUAUACGUAUAAUACGCUUAUAAGCUGUUGUAGACGAGGAUCUUUGCAUGAAGAAGCUGCGCAAGUUUUUGAAGAAAUGAAGGAUGCAGGGUUUAGUCCUGAUAAGGUUACUUACAACGCGCUAUUAGAUGUUUAUGGGAAAUCUCAUCGGCCCAGGGAAGCUAUGAAGGUUUUGAAUGAGAUGGAGCUUAGUGGAUUUACCCCGAGUAUUGUGACUUAUAACUCCCAGAUAUCUGCAUAUGCGCGGGAUGGAAUGCUGGAUGAGGCAAUGGAGCUUAAGAACCAGAUGACGGAAAAGGGGAUGAAACCUGAUGUUUUCACUUACACAACUCUUUUAUCGGGAUUUGAGAGGGCUGGGAAGGUCGAAUCUGCUAUGAGUAUUUUUGAAGAGAUGAGAAAUGCUGGGUGCAAACCGAAUAUUUGUACUUUUAAUGCCUUUAUAAAGAUGUAUGGUAACAGGGGAAAGUUUGCUGAUAUGAUGAAGAUAUUUGAUGAGAUCAACGUGUGCGGUCUCUCCCCCGACAUUGUCACUUGGAAUACACUAUUGGCAGUCUUUGGCCAAAACGGGAUGGAUUCAGAAGUGUCGGGUGUAUUCAAAGAGAUGAAGAGAGCAGGCUUUGUACCCGAAAGGGAAACUUUCAACACCCUAAUCAGUGCGUAUAGCCGAUGUGGUUUGUUUGAACAAGCUAUGACUGUUUACAGGCGAAUGCUUGAAGCUGGGGUCACUCCUGACCUUUCCACCUAUAACACAGUGUUGGCAGCUUUGGCUCGUGGAGGAAUGUGGGAACAAUCUGAGAAAGUUCUUGCAGAGAUGGAGGAUGGUAGGUGCAAACCGAAUGAGUUAACUUACUGCUCUCUACUUCAGGCAUACGCGAAUGGCAAGGAGAUAGGUCGGAUGCAUUUUUUAGCGGAAGAAGUAUAUUCUGGAGUUAUUGAGCCUCGAGCUGUACUUUUGAAGACCCUAGUCUUGGUUUGUAGUAAGUGUGAUCUUUUGCCGGAGGCUGAACGUGCAUUCUCUGAGCUCAAAGAAAGAGGUUUUUCACCAGACAUACCUACAUUGAAUUCCAUGGUCUCCAUAUAUGGAAGGAAGCAGAUGCUGGCAAAGGUGAAUGAAGUCUUGGACUACAUGAUCGAAAUGGGUUUUACACCGACCUUGGCGACCUACAAUAGCCUCAUGUACAUGCAUAGUCGGUCUGCGGAUUUUGGGAAAUCAGAGGAAAUCUUGAGGGAAAUACAGGCUAAGGGGAUCAAACCAGAUAUCAUAUCGUACAACACAGUCAUUUACGCCUACUGUAGGAAUACUCGUAUGAAAGAUGCUUCUAGAAUAUUUGCAGAGAUGAGAGAGUCAGGGAUUGUCCCUGAUGUUAUCACCUACAAUACGUUUAUUGGUUCUUAUGCGGCUGACUCAAUGUUUGAGGAGGCCAUCGGAGUUGUUAGGUACAUGAUCAAAAAUGGUUGUAGACCAAACCAGAACACCUACAACUCGAUUGUUGAUGGAUACUGCAAGUUAAACAGGAAAGAUGAGGCAAAGCUGUUUGCCGAAGAUCUGAGGAAUCUUGAUCCGCAUGCUCCCAAAGACGAAGAUCGCAGGCUUCUGGAACGCAUAGGGAAGAAAUGA